GAACAUUUAACAAAGUAUAAAAGUAUUUCAAUCGUUUUUUUCCCUCUCGAUUAAACGUUUGCAAGGGAAAGUUAUCAUAACCCAUGACGUGGUUGGUGAGCAAACCGUUCCCAAUGGACAUGAAGGGCAUGGUUCAUACAGGAAGGAUGUGGUGUAUACCUUACCCAUGGAUGCAAUCGUUACCAUUCUAAAUCACUCCAAGAGCUGUAGACAAUACAUCAGAGCGACAUGUUUUAACACUCACAUCUACGAUAAUGAUGGCGAUCAAACUGCUUAUUGGGUAUCGAGACAAGGUAUUGUGAUGCCAAACUGGGGGAACGCUCCGAGUGACGUCGUAGGGUGUCUCUGCGGCAUAAAUCGAACUUGUCACUACAGCGUGGACGCUCUCUGCAAUUGUUACCGUUCUUCAGAUAAGUGGUUAACAGAUGAUGGCUACCUAACUGAUAGAGAUCGACUUCCGGUCACAAGGCUACACUUUGGAGAUACUGGCGGUUCAGAUGAAAAGAUGAAGUUUGAACUUGGCUUUCUCGAGUGUGAAUGAGAAUCAUGUAACAAUCAUUGGAGCACACCGGUACCCUAGCAAAUUGUGUUGAUAGGAAGCUGACCGGUUGUGUGUUGAAGCUCUGAAUAAUAUUAUGUAUAAUUCCUUUAUGCGAUUAGUUGCUGAGAAACUUUAAAAUAAUUUAUUUUGUUGAAAUAAAACAACUUGAAUACAUGACUUUUUGAAGAAUCGAUGAAAUUUUCUUAGAAUAUCAGAGCAUCUGUAGUGAAACUACUCAAGUCUGUGGAGUCAACAUAACGAAAUUACAUGUUGUGUGAUUGAAAAUAAACUGAUAUGGCAAAAAAGUGCACACAAUAUGAAAAACGGAUUUAGUAGGGCAUGAUUUAUUAAAAAUGUUUUUAAAAUGUUUACAACUAGUAAACAGUUUGAUAUCGUUUACGUAUUUUUUCUCAAUUUUAAAGUUUCUUGAACGAGAAAGAAUAAAAA